CUCCAGGUGCUGCAGAGAUACUUUUACAAUCUGUUUGGGGGAUAUUUUUUGUUCCCUUCAAUUAUAUCCAUUUUCUGUGACGCAUUUUUAUCGAUGACAUCCGUUAGGGCGGGACUACCAAACUAGGUAGUGGGUGCGGCCAAGCAAGGUGGUGGGUGCGGCCAAGCAAGGUAGUAGGUGCGGCCAAUCAAGGUGGUGGGUGCGGCCAAACAAGGUAGCGGGUGCGGCCAAACGAGGUAGUGGGUGUGGCUUUUGCAAAUCCGCCAUCUUUAUUACUCGGAGAGACUUGUAGCGCAAACAGGUCAAGGAUGCCGAAAUGGAGACAUCCAAAUAAAUGUUACGUUGUCGGAUGCACCAACCGUCCCCCAGCAUCAGAACCUCAAACCAAGUGCCUGGUUGAGUUUCGUUUUUUGUCCUGCUUGUCUGUGCGAAGCAGUUCAAGGACGAGUGUUGCAGAAAUCUCUUGUCAAUUUAGAGAAGGAUUCGCCCAAAGUUUCAUUGCGUUUCAGUUCCUUCGAUCUAUGGAAACGACGGACACAGUAAAGCGAGCCAGUAUGAAGUGCCACUCAUUACGUUAACAUGGACAAGUAUGACAAGGUGAAGAAAAUUGGGGAAGGUUCAUUUGGAAAGGCUGUCCUUGUCAAAGCCAAGAAGGAUGGGCACCAAUAUGUCAUCAAAGAAGUCAGCAUAUCUGGGAUGUCAGAUAGAGAGCGACAGGAAUCUCGUAAAGAAGUUGCAGUUCUUGCAAACAUGAGUCAUCCAAACAUUGUCCAGUAUAAAGAGUCUUUUGAAGAAGGGGGGUGUCUGUAUAUUGUUAUGGACUACUGUGAGGGUGGCGAUCUCUUUAAGAAGAUUAAUUCUCAGAGAGGAGUGCAUUUCCCAGAGGAGCAAAUUCUCGAUUGGUUUGUGCAGAUAUGCUUAGCCCUGAAACACAUCCAUGAUAGAAAGAUCCUUCACAGGGACAUCAAAUCACAGAACAUAUUUUUGACAAAAGAUGGCACUGUGCAACUUGGCGACUUUGGGAUUGCAAGGGUGCUUAAUAGCACGGUGGAACUUGCAAGAACGUGUAUCGGAACGCCUUAUUACCUUUCACCGGAGAUCUGUGAAAAUAAACCGUACAACAACAAAAGUGAUAUUUGGGCCCUGGGCUGUGUCCUAUAUGAGAUGUGCACCCUUAAACAUGCUUUUGAGGCUGGAAAUAUGAAGAACCUGGUCCUGAAGAUCAUCCGUGGCUCAUACCAUCCUGUGUCUGUUCAUUACUCCCAAGAACUGCGCACUCUUUUGGCCCAGCUUUUUCAACACAACCCUCGAGAAAGACCUUCAGUCGGCAGCAUACUGGACAAAGCUUUCCUCUCUUGCAGAAUCCAAAAGUUCCUCACCCCAAAGGUUAUUGCUCAGGAAUUCCGCCACGCUUUCAUUCACAAGCAGCCUAAAGUAGGCGGCCAUCAGGUCUCGGCAGCCAAGCAUCCUGCCCAUGCUUCCAUAGCAGCAGCAACCUCUGCGGGCAAAAUUACCAAACCAGCAUGCAAAUACGGAGUGCCUUUAACUGCCAAGAAGGUGUCGGGAACAAUCAAAGCCAAAGACAGGAGGACGGCUAUUAAACAUAAAGCGGCACCGGCAUCUGGCCACCGAAGAGUAAGUCAAGGGGAAGAAGAGAGACGCAAACAGGAGUUGAUCCGAAAGAGAAGGAUGGAGUUGAUUGAUAAAGAAAAGAAACAGCAAGAGCAGAUGUUGUUGUUGAAAGCAGAGCAAAUGAAGCGCUACGAAAGAGAAAAGAUGAGUCGCAUUAACUAUGCCAGGGAGCAAGGCUGGAAAAAUGACAUGAUGUCAAGUAUUGGAAGCCCAGAGAGGAAGUGUUAUUUAGGUGGUGGAAAAAAGACUGGUGCAGGUGCAAGCGCUACUCUGAGUAGAAAUCCUUAUGAAAAGUACCACGCCGCCCUCGAUCAAAUGGCUCAACGACAUUCGAUCGGCGGGGAGGGAUCGGCCGGGCCGGGCUCUCCCGUUCGGGGUGUCCCGGCCGCUGCCGGCCCCGUGCUUCCCAAUGGCCGCGGCCUGCUCGUCAACCCUGACGCAGUCAAAAAAGAACUACAGAGACUGCAGGACGUUUCCAAACAAGCCCAUAUGAGCAGGCUGAGGACGCCUAUUGCUGUCGAGCGAGCGUAUCAGGUUGAGGAGUUUUUACAGCGUAAAAGAGAAGCCGUGCUCAACAAAGUCCGGGCCGAAGGGCAAUUGGGUACUGGUCAAUACGGGGCGCUAAUCUAUGGAGCUCAAGUUGGUUCGGCUCGUUUAACGAGGCCCAGAGUCAACAAAGAGGAGGAGGAAUACUUAACAAGGCUCAGGCAGAUCCGCUUGCAGAAUUUCAAUGAGCGCCAGCAGAUCAAAGCUCGACUUCGAGGAGAAAAGUACGAUAGCGACGGUUCAGACAGUCAGGAGUCGACCGAAGAGGCGGAACUCAGGCGCAAAAAGAUAGUGGCUUUUAAAGCCCAAGCUAAUGCCCGUGCCGCUGUAUUGAAAGAGCAGUUAGAAAGGAAGCGACGAGAGGCUAAUGAAAGGGAAAAGAAGGCGUGGGAUGACCAUUUUGCAGCUCAGGAAGACGUCACAUCGACGACCUCGCAAUCCACGACUGUCAAAAGUUCGGUCCUGCCAGAAUCUCAAGCUCCCGUUAUACCCAUGACUGUCGCCCUGAAGAAUGUCGGAGCGAUGAUGCUGUUAAAAGAGAACCUGCCUGGCACAGAUGCUGUCAUGGUCGUUCAGAGUGAGAAGAAGCAGAUCUUGAAUAGACUGAAUGAAAAUUUCAAAGCUCAGAGCCCUGCGGAAGAAGUGCUGGAGUCAACAGCGGCUGCAGCCAAAGAGCAAACUUCGGCUUUCCAGCAGAAAGUGCCUGACGUAGAAAAUCAUCAUUCCGUUGAAGAACAAAAGAAGUGGGAUCCGGCGCAAGCGCCUGUACUUCAACCAACCUCGGAGGAUUUGUGUGCAACCGCAUCCUUGUCUCCAGCCGAUGGUCCACCUUCUGGCGGAGACAGGAAGAAAUGGGAUGAGGGACUUCCAUUAGUUCUCUCUGUAGCCCAACAAACCCUAGAGGAGACAUGCAUCCCAACAAUAGAACAAACUGUGGGUGAGGUGAUACAGAUGGCUGAAGGUCAAAGGAAACUUUGGCAAAUGAGUCCAGACUGUCAGAUACUCAAAGUACUUCACGAAGCAGAGGUUCAGCCGCUCACUCAGUCCUUGGAGACGCUCGGCGUAGAGGCUUUCCCGACCCUCGAUAAGCCAAAGCAGAUUGACGCAGAGCUUGCAAUGGCAACGCCCCAAGAGGACGUGAGCUCGAAGGACAGGACGCCUCCCAUGGUUGAGGCCGAGGUACAGACGGAACGUAUUGCCUCCUAUCCAGAAAAUGUUAGUGACAUGGAAGGACACGUACAGCGUACGUCAAGCAUUGCUGAGAUCCAGGAUCAAGAUGUGGAAUUAAUGGUUUUGGAGGACGUUCCUAAAGCAUCCCACAUUUCAGUGGGUCUGCUGCAUCACGCGUGGGAGAAGCAAGACCAACAACCACUGUUACCGAAGGACGAUCUAAAGCAAGGAGCGGCAGCAGGGAAGGAGGCUGAGGGAGAACUUGAUGGUUUCUCAGAGCCCCUGUUUGUAAAAGCGUGCUCUCCAGCUCACAGACGCACGUCCGCUCUGGCCCUCCUCUCGGCUCAGGCUUCAGUGGACCAAUCCUCUUCCCUAGUAUCUCGCUCGCGCUCCGUCUCACCUCUGCACUCCAAGCAGCAGCGUGCUCUCCUGAUUGGACUCUCGACAGGCCUGUUUGACGCCAACAACCCCAAGAUGCUGCGGACGUGCUCACUGCCAGAUCUCAGUCGAGUCUUCAGCUCUGCGCGAGACUCUGGCGUUGCGAUGGAAGACUGCGUCGCACCAGACGCCAAUCGGGAGGACGAGGAUCAGGACCAAGCCAAACACGACGAGCAGUCGGAGACAGAUGCAUACGAGGAUGAAGACCUGCAGGACAUCAGGGCGUCCAUGGAGCGACUGCUGCAAGAAGAAAGUGACCUCAUGAGGAAACUUCCACAGGAUGGAAGAGGAGACUUUAACGGAAAUGCUACAGUUCGCCGAGACCAAGACCUUUUCAACAGGAUCAUUGUACAACUUGAGCAGGGAAACGAUAAGAUGGCUGUAGGUGAAGAUGAUGAGGAUGAUGAUGAUGAUGAUGUGGAAGAAGAAGAAGAUGAUGAAGAAUGCUCCAACGGAAGUGCCAUGGAAGCAGGAGAGCUGCUCAGCAAUGGUGCGGGAGAAGAGAACCACACUGGCAAGCAACAACUUGAUGAAGAAUGGCAGUCGGACAACAGUGAGGAGGACCCGGAAGGACAGAGUGAGCUUUACGACAGCAUCUACAGUCGCUUGGAGGAGCAUCGCUUCAACUUGGAGCAGCAGAUGGGCUUUGAGAAGUUCAUUGAGGCCUAUAAUCACAUCAAAGCAAUACGUGAUGAUGAAGAUGAUAAUAUCGAUCUGGGCUCCAGUUUGGCCUUUCGCAUUUUGGGGAAUGAGCACCAGCAUCUGUAUCCAAACAUCCUUCAUCUUGUGAUGGCAGAUGGUGCCUACCAAGAAGGCAAUGAUAAGCGUUUAGAGAAGUGGAGCCAGUGGCAAUCCUGACCAUUUGCUUUCUUCCUACAAAGUGUCAUGAUGUUCUAUGUACAAUAAAGCUAGAAUGUUGCUUUGACUCUCUUGAGCUGAAAAUAUCUUAGACGCAGUGUUGAUUUUACUUCUACAUGUUCUUGCUAAACAAUGAUCCCCCUUUGCUCUUUGAAUGAAUGGAAUGUGAAUUUCGAUGAUUUGUAAAUAAAAGCUGUAACAUUUCACCAUGUGCUGUCAAACAUCUAUACAUGUCAAAUCCUUAUCUCGGGUGCUCCUUACCAUCCAUGUUCCAAAUGACAGCCAGCUCACUUUCAAGAUCAGUGUACCAGGAAUGAGUUGGAAGCCAAUUUUUGUUUUCUUUUUUUCACCUUUUGAACUUGUUGUCACACACAAACUGUUGUCUUUAUUCCUCAGGUAUGCAAACUAGGCUGCCGUAUGGUGCCAAGGUAGUAAAGGUACUGUAGCAAGAUUGCUGUGUGGAAUGUGUUGAGGGAAGACUGAAUUUUUCAGCUUCUAUAAGUAAUGAUGACAUGAAAUUGAAUCAUGUUGAAAUUUGUACAGAAUAAACUUUUUGGCAAUAUGA